AUGCACAAGCCGCUUCGCGGUACUCGUCGGACGCAUCGUCUCUCGAGGCAACCGCCUCACGAUCCCGAGUUUGAAACGUUGGACUUGAACGAAGUUCAGCGUCGUUCAGAUGAUGGUGCUGUCGAUCACUCGUCCCCCGAGUUGUCCAGUUCGCCCUGCGGACCCCCACGCACGAUACCUUCUGGCGAGUCUCAGCGUCCUCCGCAUAGUCGCAAGAAGGCAGACGACCACAUCCCGCGACCUCGUAAUUCCUUCAUAAUAUUCCGAUCCCAGCACUGGCAGGAGAUCAAGGAUGAUCCUACUACCCCACGCCACCAUACUGCGAUUAGUUGCCUCGCCGCUACCCGUUGGCUUGCUCUCUCCGAGGAGGAGCGCACACACUAUAGGCAGCUCGCGGAGCUCGAAAAGGAGGCUUUCUAUCUUCAGUAUCCUGAUUACAAGUACCAUCCUGCCUUUCGCAAGGACAAGCGAGCGAAGCGCAAUACGAGCCGUAAGAGCAGUGCGAACAAGACUCUGCGUGCGAAGAAGCUUGCUUCCCAGCCCUCGCAGAGUGUGGGAAUGAUCGAGAGGGAGUUGAGGAGAGACGACGUUGAUUCAGAUCCGGAGUACACUCCCUCUUGGCGGUGCACUCCUCAACCUUUACGGGGUUCUGUGCAGCAGAAGGAGAUCCAGAGAUCCAGAGCGUCUCUCCGCGUCAGACAUGAGUUGUCUGAGCGAUCUCUUCCGUCUGCACCUACUACUCCGGAGAGUGAGGAUGUCGAGCUUCCUUCAACUCCGGACAGCGACGAGCUUCUUUGGGAUCUGGGCAGCGAGGACGAGUGCUCUUCGAUUCCGUACAGCCGCGACGUUGAGUUUCCUUCGACUCCGGACAGCGACGACCUCGAGCUCCCCUUAUAUGCCAAGCAGGCUGAUUUUGGAUUGACGUGCAUUGAAGAUAUGGCGAUGAUGACUCUCGACGAUCCCGACGCUGAUUUUCAGAUGGGAUCCGAUGCUUUUUCUUUGGCCUUCGCUACCACUUAUUUUCAGGAAGCUGUCUGUGACGGGCACAAUGUUAACGACCACUUCGUGGAUACUCCCACCAGCCACUCCCAGUCCCACAUCGAGGGUCUAGAGUCCCACAUCCGCGGCCUCAAGUCCCACAUCGACGGUUCAAAGCCCCACAUCGACAAGCCUGAGUUUCACAUUGACGGCGGUGACGACCACUCAGAUAUGGUGGACUACAGUCCUCACGGCGACGCAAUGGAUGUCAACUAA